AUGCCGCGCCGCCUGCUGUCCCUCCUCCUGGCCCCCACGCGUUUGCUGCUGUCGCUGCGGUCGCUGCUGGCCCGCGGUGGCCUCGCGGUGGCCGCGGUGGCCUCGGGCGCGGCCUUUGCGCUCUGGGCGGUGGCGCUGCUGCUGCGCCGCGGGCCCGGAGCCGCCUCGGGGCGGCAGCGCCGGCACCGGGACCGGGACCGGGACCGCGCCCCCGCCGCGCUGCGGGACCCGACCUGCGGCGAGCACCGGACCCUGCGCCUCCGGAGCUCGGGGCUGCGUCUCCAUUACGUCACUCGGGGUCCCCCCGACGCCCCCCUGAUGCUGCUGCUCCACGGCUUCCCCCAGAACUGGUUCUGCUGGCGCCACCUGCUGCGGGAGUUCGGCGGGCGGUUCCGGGUGGUGGCCCCGGACCUGCGCGGUUACGGGGACUCGGAGAAGCCGCCGGGCCGGGACAGCUACCGGCUGGAGCUGCUGCUCGGGGACGUCCGCGACCUCAUCGAGGCCCUGGGGACGCCGGCGGCCGCCCCGCGCUGCGUCCUGGUGGGACACGACUGGGGCGGCCUCCUGGCCUGGGAGGUGGCGUCGAGGCACCCGCGGCUGGUGGAGAAGCUGGUGGUGAUGGACGCGCCACACAGGGCGGUGAUGGCAGCCUUCACCGCCCGUCACCCGUCGCAGCUGCUCCGCUCCUGUUACAUGUUCCUGUUCCAGCUGCCCUGGCUGCCCGAGCUGCUGCUGUCCCUGGCCGACUUCGAGCUGGUGCGGUGGUUCAUGACCAGCGCCCUGACCGGCAUCCAGGACCCGGCGCGGCGCCUCUCGGAGCAGGAGCUCGACGCCUUCCUGUUCGGCCUCUCCCAGCCCGGGGGCUCAGCCCCCCCAUCCACUACUACCGAAACCUCUUCGGGGCCACGCCCAUCCCCCGGGAGCCGCCCCCUCCCCCCACGCUGCUGCUCUGGGGCUCCCGCGACGCCUUCCUGGACCCGCGCCUUGGCCCCGCCCACCUGCGCUGGCUCCGCCCCUCCGCCCGCCUCCGCCUCCUGCCCGGCGCUUCCCAUUGGCUGCCCGAUGAGGCGCCCCGCCUCCUGGCCAAGCUGAUUGGAGAGUUCCUGGGGGGAGGGGCCGAGGAGGGGUCGUAGCCACGCCCA